AUGGAACAAAACAAUGGGACUGUGGUGACCGAAUUCAUCCUCCUGGGCUUUGCCAGUCAGCACAGGUCUUGGCACAUCCUCUUCACAGCCUUCCUGGUCAUCUACAUGGCCACGCUGGUGGGCAACACAGGGAUGAUCCUCCUCAUCCAGACGGACCCUGCCCUUCACAAGCCUAUGUACUUCUUCCUCCAGCACCUGGCUCUGGUUGAUCUCUGUUAUUCCUCUGCCAUCACUCCCAAGAUGCUGCAGAACUUUGUGAGCAUGAGCCAGUCCAUCUCCUUCAUGGGGUGUCUGGUGCAGCUACUUGUCUAUGGGAUGUUUGUCACCAGUGACUGCUUCAUCCUGGCUUCCAUGGCCGUGGACCGCUAUGUAGCUAUCUGCAAGCCCCUGCGCUACCCAGUGAUCAUGUCCCAGAGAGCCUGUGUUCAGCUGCUGCUUGGCUCAUAUGUCAUGGGUUUCCUAAAUGCUUCUGUAAACACAAGUUUGACUUUCUCCUUGGACUUUUGCAAAUCUAAUUUAAUUAAUCACUUUUUCUGUGAUGUACCUCCAAUCCUCGCCCUAUCGUGCUCCAGUAUUGACUUCAAUACCAUGGUCCUGACAGUCUUUGUGGGCUUUAACUUGACACUCACGGUGCUGGUCAUCAUCUUUUCCUACAUCUUCAUCCUGGCCGCCAUCUUAAAAAUGUCUUCUGCUGCGGGAAGGAGGAAAGCCUACUCCACAUGCACCUCCCACCUGACGGCAGUCACCAUCUUCUAUGGAACUCUGUCUUACAUGUAUGUACUCCAUGGGAUCAACCAGUCUCAGGAACAGGAGAAAGUGGCUUCUUUGUUUUAUGGCAUUAUGAUUCCCAUGUUAAACCCCUUGAUCUACAGCCUGAGAAACCAAGAUGUGAUAGCAGCCAUAAGACACAUGGGAACUAAGUGCUUCUCCACCUGA